UGUCACAGUUCUCGCAGUUGCUGCCAUACUCGCCGCUGCUCUCAUCACUGUAACCGUCGCUGCUACUCUGGUCACUGCUGCUGCCGUCAUCGCCCGCUGUCGCUGCAAUCCCUACCGCUGGUUCUGUCGCCGCCAGGAAUGACCUGCACCUGCAUCCUUUGCAAAAGGAAAGUCAAGGCUUGCAAUAAGCCUAUACAGGUUCAUUGGACGCCGAGGAAUGCCGCGGAAAAUAUACAGCGACAACGCCACCAACUUCGUCGGCGCCGAUCGCAAGCUUCGCGAGCUGAGGGAUGCUUUCGAGGCCCAACAACCGGAAGUACAGAAAUACGCAACGGACGAAGGAUUCACCUUCGCCUUUAUACCACCCAGGGCACCGCACUUCGGCGGGUUAUGGGAGACGGCAGUGAAGUCCGCCAAACACCUUCUCGUGCGCGCAAUCGGCAACGCGCUGCUCACCGCCGAAGAACUACAGACGCUGCUCGUCGAGGUCGAGGCCGUACUCAACUCGCGACCCCUGGUACCACUGAGUCAGGACCCGAACGAUGGAGAGGCCCUAACACCAGCGCACCUACUAGUUGGGUGCCCUCUUCGAGCGCUGCCACCAGCCCAAGUAUCGAUGGACCCAAUGCGUUGCUGCGACAGAUGGCAACUUGUCUGUUGUCUCAAGCAACAGUUUUGGCGACUGUGGUCCAGGAACUACCUGUUGGGUCUGCAACCACUUGGCAUCCGAAACGCAACCUCGAGCUGAACGACCUCGUCCUGGUUCAGGAAGACAACACACCACCGCAGCAAUGGGUGCUCGGCCGCGUCGCCGCAAUCGUAACAGGGCAAGACGGCAAAGUCCGCGUAGCAGACGUGGCAACCAAAGCGGGCGUAAUUAAACGCCCCGUUCACAAGCUCGCCGUACUGCCAUCAGACGUUGAAGGACCAUGAGCCUUUCAAGGUGGCCGGUGUUACGCCAAAUGGCUUAGAAUUUUAAUUAUUAAUUUAAUUUUAUAUAUUUAAUUUAAUUUUAAUCAUUAUUAUCAUAAUUUGUUAAAUUCCAUAAUUUCUCGUAACGUUUCAAUAUUAAGCUUACUGUUUUCUAAAAAUACUGUUCAAUUUUCGUAUAUGAAUUUAAAAAUAGCACUAUAUAUGUAUAAACACCUAUAUUACAUAAACGUAACAGAGCAAUACAUAUUUA